UUAGAUCGUUGCGCACGAUGUCGCUCGUGGCCGAUGGUAAAUACUCGGUGGAAAAGCGCCCGGCGAGCUACGAAAAGUACGAGUUUACCCUACCGGAACUGUAUCGCAACCUGGCGAAGAAGGAACUCCGCGAGGAUGACGAUAUUCGCGAGCAAUCGUUGGAUCAGAUGCGCGAAUGGAUCGCCAAACAUCCGUACAUACGCAAGUGUCGUACGGAUUCGUCCUUUCUGUUGCGUUUCCUGCGUUUCCGGAAGUACUCGGUUCCGGCGGCAUGCGAAGCGCUCGAGCGAUACCUGGCCAUGCGAGAAACGUUUCCCACGUGGUUCAAGAACCUGGACUGCAACGAGCCGAGGAUGCGAGAGUUGCUCGAGGAUGGUGUGUGCUUCCGGGUUGGCCAGGACAGCGACGGCCGCACGGUGAUUCUGUUUUCGGUCCGCAACAUGAACGUGGAUAAAUUCGAUCCCCUGGACCAGGGUCGAUUCGUGGCGCUGGUGAUCGAGGCACUGCUAGAGCUGGAAGAAGUCCAGAUCGGUGGGUUUCGUGUGAUGGUAAACUUCACGGACACGGUACUGAAACACUACGGGGUUUGGGGUGUCACGGACAUGAAGAUCUUCAUGGAUGCCAUCAACCGCUCGUACCCGAUCCGGAUACGCGAGGUGCACGGUGCAAAGCUCCCGAAGUUUGCCGUCUCCAUCCUGAACCUGUUGCUCACGUUCGCCAGUCCGAAGCUGAAGGAGCGGAUCAUUUGUCACAAAACGGUCCUGGAAAUGAAGAGCAAAUUCGAUGCCUCGGUGCUGCCGACGGAGUUUGGUGGGGAAGUUGAUCUGGGCGAAAUCAACCGCAAGUUUCUUAAACACCUCGAGGAUCGACGGAGCGUGAUAAUGGCGCUCGAUGAGCUGGACAUCGAUACCGCGCACUACUCGGCGCUCUGGAGCCAGAGCCACGUGGUCGAAAAUGAGGUUGAAGGUGGAGUGGCGGGCAGUUUUCGGAAGCUGAACGUUGAUUAGAU